GCGCGCGGCCGGAAGCGGAAGUGAGUGCGCUGGUAAUCAUGGUGCCGCUGGGGUGGGGAAGCUGCCGCCGCUGCCGGGAGCUCGAUGGGUUGUUACGGUCCCGCUUCAGGAUACUACAGUGAGCGGCGGUGAGCCAUGGGGGAAAACAGUCCCGAAGGCAACGUUAUCUACUAUGAAGUGGACGAUGACGAAUUAACUCAAGAUGACAAUAUGAUGAGGUUUGCUGAUAAAAACGGGCUGGUUUCUUCAUCAUCCGGGACGGUCUAUGACAGGACAACUGUUCUUAUAGAGCAAGACAGCGUGCUGGAAGAUGAUGAGGAUGAAGGACAAUGUAGUGAUCACUUGCCUUUUUUACCGGAGGGUCAUGAAGAAGGAUUUCAUUUAAUAGCAGAUCAUGAAGGAAUGUCCCAGGGUUACGUGCAACAUAUUAUUUCUCCAGAUCAGAUUCACCUAACAAUAAAUCCUGGUUCAACUCCUAUGCCAAGAAACAUUGAAGGCGCAACACUCACUUUGCAGUCUGAAUGCCCAGAAACCAAGCUUAAAGAAGUUAAGAGAUAUCAGUGCACUUUUGAGGGCUGUCCACGAACCUAUAGCACUGCUGGAAACCUGCGCACUCACCAAAAGACACAUCGUGGGGAAUACACUUUUGUCUGCAAUCAAGAAGGCUGUGGCAAAGCCUUUCUUACCUCUUACAGCCUCAAAAUCCACGUUCGAGUGCACACUAAGGAGAAGCCGUUUGAAUGUGAUGUGCAGGGCUGUGAAAAGGCAUUCAAUACACUGUACAGGUUGAAAGCACAUCAGAGACUUCACACAGGGAAAACAUUUAACUGUGAAUCAGAAGGCUGCAGUAAAUACUUCACAACACACAGUGACCUGAGGAAGCACAUUCGAACACACACAGGAGAAAAGCCAUUUCGGUGUGAACACGACGGCUGUGGAAAGGCUUUUGCUGCAAGCCACCACCUCAAAACACAUGUUAGGACACAUACUGGGGAGAAACCCUUCUUCUGUCCCAGUAAUGGCUGCGAGAAGACUUUUAGUACACAGUAUAGUCUCAAGAGUCACAUGAAAGGCCAUGAGAAAGGACAUACCUACAAUGCACUUCCCAAUAACAACGUGUCUGAGGAUACAAGCCACUCGCUUUGUCUGAGUGACUUAAGCCUCAUAUCAACAGAUUCAGAACUGCGGGAGAACUCUAAUCUAACACAUGGACAAGAUCUUAGCACAAUCUCACCAGCAAGCAUCUUUGAGUCUAUGUUUCAGAGCACAGAUCACACCACAAAUCAGGAAGACUCUAAGCAGACAGCUGCCUUGAUUGAAGCUUUUAAUGGUCAUGCAGACUCAGUCACUGCUGUUCCGCCUUCUGCAGGAGAUUCAGCAUCGUUGUCACUUCCACUUGUACUGCAGCUUGGCAUCUCUGAGCCUUCACAUUCAGCACUACAAGCCUCAGCAGCACCUGCUGCUCCCUCCUCCAUAGGAACCAGCUCACAGCAAGCUGCAUUUGGAAAUCCUGCAACUGUUUUACAAUCCCCAGAAGUGCCUGUUCCUCACAGCACACAGUUUGCAGCCAGUCACCAAGACUUCCUGCAGCACACUCAGACACCACCACAGCCCAUUGUACAAGGACUUUCAGUGGUUGCUGGGGCAUCUGCCCCAACAGCAUCAAGUGCCACUGAACCCCUGCCAGCUGUAGUUCAGACUGUGCCUGUUGGUGCGAACUCUGUUCUGACUAGCAAUCCAACCAUAACAAUUACUCCUUCUCAGAGCACCGCUAUUCUACAGUCCAGCAUCGUCAUGGGAGAGCAAAACUUGCAAUGGAUAUUAAAUGGUGCCACUGGUUCUCCACAAAGCCAAGAACAAAUGCCACAAGUUCCAAAAGUAGUAGAAAAGGUCUUUUUUACCACUGCAUUACCAGUAGCUGGCAACACAGGAAACCCUGUUCAGCAGAUUGGUCUCAGCGUUCCUGUCAUUAUUAUAAAGCAGGAGGAAGCCUGCCAGUGUCAGUGUGCCUGCCGAGACUCUGCCAAGGACAAAGUCACCGUUAAGAAGGAGAGUUCCUCACCUGAACCGAAAGCUUCGGAGCAGCCAGCUCCCCAGCUGCAGCCUCAGACCUUUCCUUCCUCUUCCUCUUCCCCUUCUCCCUCACGUGGGCAGAGCAGUCAAAUAGUUAACCCUUCAGACUUACAGACUGAAACAUUAAGUGCCAUGGAUGUAUCGGACUUCCUGUCCCUCCAAAGUCCUGAAACCCCAUCUAAUAUAAUUCCAAUCGAAGCACUACUGCAGGGUGAGGAAGAAAUUGGUCUGAAUAGCAGCUUCUCUAAAUGAAGAUGUUCUGGAUUUUUCUUUUGCACCUGGAGGGUAAAACCCUCCUCUUAGAAGCAGAAACUGAAGGAUCGAUUCUUUUUCCUUCCUCUUUGGAAGUUUUGUGGCUUAUUUCUGCUUCACAGACGUCAUCUUAGUCACGUCCCAGGUACAUCCAUCUUUAAGAAUCUAUCUAAAAACAGAAAAGGCAAAAAAAAAAAAAAAAAGCUAAGUUAUAUAUGAACUGUUUUGGCUGCACUGUCUGUCACUUUUGCUUGUCAUAUGUGAACACGGAAGUUAAGGUUACUCGUGUGCAAAAAGAUUUUAAAAAGAAAAAGGGGGGUUAGUUUGUCUCCAAUUGCACAUCACUUACAUUUGGGCUUAAGGUACUGGCAGCGAGUGAGUCUUUGUUACAACUCCUUGGGUCUAUGAUUUUUCUUUUGUCUCUUAUAUACUAACCAUGCACUAUAAGGGGAGCCCAGGACAGGAAGUUGCUAUAACAGAAACUGGUUUCAUUAUAGUAGAAGGUGAUUUAUCUGAAGUUUUAUUGCAAUGUGAUUGUCACGUCACUGAGCUGGGAGUUGAUGCCUGGGUUUGCAUUGUACUGUGGCUGUUACUAAAGCCUACAGAAGUGUUUGGGGAGCUUAUUGCAGGAGGGCACAAGGUACUUGUGCUCCUAAUAGAUUGGUUCAUCUAAUUGAACUAGGACUUCAGAUGUGGUGGCAGAUGUAUGGAAACACUGUGGGAGCCCCUGCUCACUCAGACUUGAGAGUCUGUUUGCCUGUCUUUGAAGGAUGCAGUGAGUUCCAGGUAUAGUCAGAUUGGUUCCUGCUGCUCUUUUGAUUCAUUUGGCUCUGUUCAGAAACGAGUCAUCCUCUUAAACAAGCCCUCCAAUCGUUUAAUCAGGAGCAUGGUGCCUUUGCUGAUUGCUCUCAUCUUUUGUCAAGAAGAACUCUUGGAAAAUACUGAGAAUGAUUUGAUGUAACUUCAGUUUGGGUUCAGUGAGUUUACCCUUCAGCUGCCCAGAAAUGCUUCCUCUUUUCUCUUAAGCUAUAUAGUUUCUGCCUGAAUCUGCCUCCAACCUAAUGCAAUGCCAGCUUUUUGUGCACGGGGCUAUUUCUUGACUAAAAGAUGUUACACAACAUAGUAGUUUUUCAUAUCAAACUAUAUUCUAACCUACUCAGGGUAAAUAAAACACAAACCCCCCUUCCACCAAAAAGCCUGUAAUGUUGCAAUAAAUGCAGUCUCAUUCUAAAUGGUUUAUUUAUGCUGCAUUAUUUUAAAAGAUGUAAUUUUGUAGUAUUUUAUCCAUCUUUCUGGCUUUGGCUGUCAGUCUUUUUGUGUUAAAGGAAAGAAUAUUAAAUAGUCUUUAUUCAGUUUACAGUGUUGUCAUUAGUGAGAUACAAAGAUAACGACUAUAAGCCAAUUAAUGUGGACUGUCUCUGCACACUAAAUUUAGGAAUGCAAAUUCCUAGUGGAUAGAGAUCUUUCACUCUUCUUAGCUCCUAUCUGAUCAUAGCCGCUGUCUGCACCUGGGGGGGGGGAGUGAUAUGAAUGCAGCCAGACCUCCCCGAGAUAACCUGAUGAUUUGAAGGCUUUUUAACUCUCUUGUGACAUUCUCUGUGCAGCCUUACCACACCACUGCCAGUCUUAGCUGAGGCAGUGGCUUAAGCUAUCUCACUGUCUUGCAAAUGCACUGCCAUGGCACAGCUGGAAAUGGGCUGAAGGGAACUGGCUUAUCACCUCUCUGUCAACUUGCUUCCAGUGGUUAAAUGCAGAAGGGUGAAACAAGGGUUGUCCAUUAAGGUGAGUGAGAGGAGAGACUGUGGAAAGUGCUGUGUCACUCUGCUAGGGCAGAACACUCUUGCUAAUUGCAGUGAUGAGUUUAGAGGCAUCACCUGAACUGGAAACACGCUGCUGAUGUUUCCUGUCUGGGAGUGCUGGCUCACACUGCAGUGCUAUGCAGUCUAUUACAAUGGGGAUGUGGGUCCUGCAGCAAUAAGGUUUGCAUCCAUGAAUCGUGGAUUAACAAAGCAUCUGAUGUUUUGUUCUUGUAACGGCAAUCCCUUGAGGACAGUGUGGUGGUGUGGUUCCCUUUGUUUUUCUUUUCCCUACAGUAUCGCUUUGUGACGCAGUCUGGUAGUGUGGCAGCAAGAACUGCUUUCAACACAGAAGAAACAGCCUCAAGUCUGUGUGAGUGGAACUGUUCCCCCUUUGAGUGAUUCUCCUUGCCCCUUUCUUUGGCAUAGCGUGGCAGUGGUGCUUGAGGGUGUGUGGAUGUGCUUGUGUGUGCGCAUGUGAGAGUUUGCUAAUGCAGGAGCACAUAGAUUCCCCUUGAGUUGUGGGGUUUUCUGUGAAGGGGACAAGAUGUGCCCUGAAAUGUGACAGCUGAGGGGUUUAGCAACCUCUUCUGAGCCUUUCCAUCCUUCAGGGAAGCAUUUUUUCCUUUCUAGUCCGGCUACUUGUGACUUAGUUCACACCAAACGUGUUUGUGUUUAGGCCAGGUGGCAUCUUCAGAAACUCCCUUGUGGUAGAAAUGUGUGAAAAAGAUCUGCCAAAGGCUUUGAAAUUAGAACUUAAUUUGGAGGUGUGGUGAUUGGCAGCAGCAAGAUGCUGCAUACAUCCUUUCUGAGUGGAGAUUAGAGGUUAACCCCUCUGCUGCUUUCUCUUCACAGCUACUGUUUCAUAUUGGUGUUUUAGGAAAAGCAAUGCGUUCCAGGUUUAUACUGACUUAUAGGUGCGUUGGGUUUGCAGUUAUCCUCUUUAUAUGUGUGUCAGACAGGUGUUGAUUUAGGUGAAACUAAUUAGAGCUUGUAAUGAGGGGAGAAGAGUGUGGUUAUGAGUGCACGGGCUGUGAGCUGUGCAUCCCAGCCAUUGCGUUGUACAAUACUUGCUUUUGUUCUUUAAUUGUUGGUCUGUUUUCCAUGCGCCAUGUAUCUGAUAUGUUUCACAGUGAACAUUUGCAUCAUCCCCAGUGCUGUGUGAUCAAAUGUUGUGCUGCUGGGUGGUUGUGAACAUGCUUGGAAGAGAGAGGAGGUGUGUGAGCAGCUGGCAUGAGAGGGCAAUCAAUCACAGCAAAGCCCUGUGAUUCCUUGGUGCCAGGGAGCUUAUCAUAGGAUCGUUUGAAUUGGAAGGAACUCUUAAAGGCCAUCUAGUCCAAUCCCCUUGCAAUGAAUGGACAUCUACAGCUCUAUUAGGUGCUCAAAGCCCGGUCCAGCCUGACCUUGAAUGUCUCCAGGGAUGGGACAUCCCCCACCUCUCUGGGCAAUCUGUGCCAGUGCCUCAGCUCCCUUAUUGUAAAAAAAAAAAACUUUCUUAUAGCCCUCCUUAAAAUACUGAAAGGCUGAUAUCAGGUCUCACUGGAGCCUUCUCUCCUCCAGGCACAGCCACAGCUCUCAGCCUGUUCUUGCAGGGCAGUGUUCCAUCCUUCAGAUCAUUUUCUGUGGCCCUUCUCUGGACGUGCUCCAACAGGUCUCUCCUGUACUGGGGGCUCCACGUCUGGACACAGCACUCCACAUGAGGCCUCACCAGCACAGAGCAGAGGGGGCAGGAUCACCUCCCUUGCCCUGCUGGCCACGUUGCUUUGGAUGCAGCCCAGGAUACAGUUGGCUCUCUGGGCUGUGAAGGCACAGUGCUGGCUCAUAUUCUUUACCCCCAAGUCCUUUUCAGCAGCUUGGUAUCAUCUGCAAACUGCUGAGGGUGCACACCACCCCACUGUCAGUGGCACCGAUGGAGAUGUUGAAGAGCAUCGGCCGCAGUACUGACCCCAAGGGGCAGCACUUGUUGCCCUGGCAUCUAGCAUAUGCAUAACACUUCUAUUAAAAACAGUGGAGCUUCUGUCACUGUAGAUCUGGCAAGACAUAGGAUUCCCAGAAAGGGGCACGUUCUGCUAGUGUGCUGGAGCCUCUGAGAGCAAUGCGUCCUCCCUCUGCAAAAUCUGUGUUUCAUGAAUUCCUUGAGUUAUCAUCAGUCAGAGAGCACAACUGCUCUAGGUCAUUCUGUGUUAAAGGAUUUGCUGUUCUGUGGCUUGUGGGGAUUUACUUGGUUGCUUAUGUUUUCUGUAUGAGUGCAGAAGCUUCAAUAUGUAGAAAGGGUCUGGUUACCAAUAUUGGUGGCUUUAGUGGCCAGGCAGUGACCCGAGCAUGCAGACUUGGCAUGCAGUUGAAGGCUGUGGAAGUUGCUUUUCAUGCUUCUAGUUGGUAGAGGAAUGGAAAAUCAGCACUGUUGAAAUGCUGGUACUGAAUUACAUAGAACAAAGUACGAAUUGGGCACUUCUGUAAUGCUGACUGUGUCCAGAAAGACUAGUUUGCAGAACCUCAUACUGGUAUCUAAAAUGCACUUUAGGUUAUUUUAUCUUUAACCCAAUUGCUGCAAUUUCUUUUGUAUAUACUUUCACAAAGUUUAUUUUCGCUCUGAGUAAAAGUUAACAGGGGUGUGCAAAGAUGAGCACUUAACUCGGUGCAAUACUUGUAGCUAAAGAUCAUUGUCCCACGUGGUCAGUCUGUCUGUGUCUGUCUAAUCGAAUAUAUAUAGUAACUACUAGCUCAGUGACAUAUUGCCCUACCCUGUGUAUACCCAAGAGGAAUUAUGCAUCGUUAGCAAAUGUCCAAUCUAUGCAAAUAUUUCACUGAGAGCACUGUGCUUUAGCAGGCCUUUUCUCUCACGCUUUCUGGUGAGCUGCUUGUCACUUCUGUUGGAAAUCAGUACCUUCUUCCAGCAGCAAUCCUGCCUUUGGCCCUUCUCCUUUCUCCUCCCUCCUGUCCCAGCAGUGUGAACAGAAGUGACAAGCUGUUCCAAAUCAGGCAUGUUGCACCUUUAAAAUCUGUCUUCACCAGAUCAUUUUGAUGUCAUGUUAUCUGCCUUACUGCGGAGGGUGGCACUUCUCCGUCACCCCAGAUAUUGUGUUUGCAACUGCAGCAACAUUGUUAAACUGUUUACAGUACUUUUCCCGUGACAACUAUAAUUAAGGCACGGAGAAUGAACUAAUGAUUGGCGUGCUGGUUGUGGAACUGCUGGGGGGAAAUUAGUUGGGCUGUAAUUGACCUUGAAGUUGAUGGGAGAUGAAAAGCUGUUCCUGAUGGGUGGGGGGUUGGAAGUGCAGCGGUAACUGGAGCAAGGGGCAGCCAGGGCUGUGCUGCAGCUUGGAGCCGUGCUCGUCGUGCUGCUGGCUGGCUGUGUGACCUCAGGCACAUCGCUCAGCCUCUCCAGGCCUCAGUUUCCUCCCUGUAAAAUGAGGAUGUUGAAACCUGUCCUUGUAAAAACGUGUUGAGAUCGGAGUGAGAAGUCCUUUGCAUCAGUGAUCUGAGCCAGGUGGGCAGAAAUGUGAGAGUCAAUUUGGACUGUAAGGCAAAAAGGAAGGAAAAAAAAACAACCACGUCUUUAAUAAACCCUGCUAAUUUCUGGUUGCGUAGUUUUUAAUUGGGAUACUAUUUUUUCCUUAGCGUAUUUUGGAAACAAUGUCAAGUUUUUAUACAUGUUACCUGUAGCUGAUCCUCACGGACAGGGCUGAACUUUUAACUUUUUUGCAUCUUGUCUUGAUAGAUAUCUCAUGUUCGAGGAGUUGGAUUCUGUGUCUGCACUGAGAAAUGCAAAUUAAACUGGAUAUUUAUGUAGUAGUGUACAUAGUCUAAGUGUGUGUGUUCUUGGAACUAGUUUAGAAAUCCCACACCAUGCUUUCGGUGGUGUGCAAGCUGGCCAAAAUUUGGUUCAUUAUGCAGUGUACACUUUCUCGAAUAAAUGCAGUUUCUACUUUUUUCUUACAAGGAAUUUUUUUCAUAUGAUCUUUUUUCAGCAAAAUCAAGGGUAUGUUUCUGCAGUACCGUAGUUACAGUAGCUGGUAUUUCUUGCUGUGUGGCUUUGUGUCCUUCCACUUGCUUCUAGAACCGGAGCUGUGUCUGACCCUUGUUGUGGAGCGUGGUAGUCGUCGUGUUUCACACCAACUAGCAUCAAUAAGGCAGGCAGGGAUGUGUGAACCUCAGGCCUGGUUAGUUACCCACGGCGGCUUCAGCACUGACAUCUGCACGGAGGCCAAAGUGGGACGUCCAGGAGAACGUAGGCUGUGUAGUUACUGCUUUGGUUUUGUUUGACCCGUGGGGAGCUGGGCGAUGGUCUUGGAGAUGAUAAAAUAAAAGGAAACCCCCAGUUUUUCAAGAAUGUGUUUAUGGUAUUAAAGGAAUUUAUUUAACUAUGAAACACGGGAACAAAUGUGCUUACAUUGAGCAAUGUGAAGAUGUUAGUUACAGGUACAGUACUUCCAAAGGAAGAGCAUCUCCAAAACCCCCCAAAAAAGAGUAAAUAUGAAUUUGUAUUUUUUGAAGAAUGUAAAAUGUGAAAUAAUGGUGUUUGCUUAAUUGCUCAUUUUGUAUGAAGUUAAUAUUGUACUUUGAAAUAUCUACAAAGAAGUGGAAAUUAACUUUUUUUGGAAUUGAAAGCAAUAUUAAUACUAAUGGAAUCCUAAUUAAAUGCUUAUUUAAA